AUGACCAGCUUGAAGCGGUCCCAGACUGAAAGAGCUGUUGCCACUGGGGUAGCAGUUGGAACAGAUGGAGGUUCUAAAGUCCAUUCAGAUGACUUUUACAUGAGGCGCUUUAGGUCACAGAAUGGCAGCUUAGGAUCUGCAGUCAUGGCUCCAGGGGGGCCUUCACGCAGUGAAGGUCCCCACCACCUUACCUCUACUCCUGGUGUUCCCAAAAUGGGAGUUAGGGCCAGGAUUGCUGACUGGCCUCCAAGGAAGGAAAAUGUCAAAGAAACUAGCAGAUCAAGUCAGGAAAUUGAAACAUCAAGUUGCCUUGAUAGUAUGUCCUCUAAAAGCAGUCCUGGGAGUCAGGGGAGCUCUGUUAACCUGAAUGCUAGUGACUCUGUCAUGUUAAAGAGUAUCCAGAACACUCUUAAAAACAAAACAAGACAAUCUGAGAAUCUAGACUCUAGGUUUCUUACACCUGAUGGUUACCCCAGUUCCCCUAGGAAAGCCCUUCGCAGAAUAAGACAACGCAGUAACAGUGACAUUACCCUAAGUGAGCUUGAUGUGGAUAGCUUUGAUGAAUGUAUUUCACCCACUUUUAAAUCUGGGCCAUCACUGCACAGGGAAUAUGGCAGCACAUCCUCAAUAGAUAAACAGGGAACUUCAGGGGAGAGUUUUUUUGAUUUAUUAAAGGGUUAUAAAGAUGAGAAAUCUGAUCAGAGAAGCCCAGCUCCAUCGAAGCUCAGUGAACUUCUGAUAGCCAGUGGAAGCAAGGGUUCAGGAUUCUCUUUGGAUGUGAUAGAUGGGCCAAUCACUCAGAGAGAGAACCUCAGACUCUUUAAGGAAAGGGAGAAACCACUUAAAAGGCGCUCAAAAUCAGAGACUGGAGAUUCUUCUAUUUUUCGUAAGUUGCGUAAUGCCAAAGGUGAAGGGGAACUCUCAAAGUCUUCAGACCUUGAAGAUAACAGGUCAGAAGACAGUGUUAGGCCUUGGACUUGUCCAAAAUGCUUUGCCCAUUAUGAUGUUCAGAGUAUAUUAUUUGAUUUAAAUGAAGCAGCAAUCAACCGACAUAAUGUUAUUAAAAGAAGGAACACUACAACAGGAGCUUCUGCUGCUGCUGCAGCAUCAUUAGUUUCUGGACCCUUGUCCCAUUCUGCAAGUUUCAAUUCUCCUAUGGGCAGCACUGAAGACCUGAAUUCAAAAGGAAAUCUCAAUAUGGACCAGGGGGAUGAUAAAAGCAAUGAACUUGUGAUGAGUUGUCCUUAUUUUCGUAAUGAGAUUGGCGGGGAAGGAGAACGGAAGAUCAGUCUGUCCAAAUCUAAUUCAGGUUCCUUCAGUGGAUGCGAAAGUGCCUCUUUUGAGUCUACUCUUAGCUCCCAUUGCACAAAUGCAGGAGUGGCAGUACUUGAAGUACCCAAGGAAAAUCUGGUGUUACAUUUAGAUAGAGUGAAAAGAUACAUUGUUGAACAUGUGGACCUUGGUGCAUACUAUUAUCGGAAAUUCUUCUAUCAGAAGGAACACUGGAACUAUUUUGGGGUAGAUGAGAGCCUGGGUCCAGUAGCUGUGAGCAUUAGAAGAGAAAAACCGGAUGAAAUAAAAGAAAAUGGACCUCUAUAUAACUACCGCAUCAUUUUCAGAACCAGUGAGCUUAUGACUUUAAGAGGCUCUGUGCUGGAAGAUGCUAUCCCUUCAACUGCAAAGCAUUGCACAGCCAGAGGACUUCCCUUAAAAGAAGUGCUUGAACAUGUGGUUCCUGAGCUGAAUAUCCAUUGCCUCAGAUUGGCUUUCAACACUCCUAAAGUCACAGAGCAGCUUAUGAAACUGGAUGAACAAGGGUUAAGCUAUCAGCUGAAGGUGGGGAUCAUGUAUUGCAAAGGUGGACAGAGCACUGAAGAGGAAAUGUACAACAAUGAGUCAGCAGGACCAGCUUUUGAAGAGUUUCUUCAGCUCUUGGGAGAACGAGUUCGACUUAAGGGGUUUGAAAAGUACCGUGCUCAGCUGGACACCAAGACUGAUUCAACAGGAACUCACUCUCUCUAUACAACUUACAAGGACUAUGAAAUCAUGUUUCAUGUUUCCACUAUGCUGCCAUACACUCCUAACAACAAGCAACAGCUCCUGAGAAAACGGCAUAUUGGAAACGAUAUUGUGACGAUUGUUUUCCAGGAAACUGGAGCACAGCCAUUCAGCCCAAAGAACAUUCGUUCUCACUUCCAGCAUGUAUUUGUCAUUGUAAGAGUGCACAACCCCUGCACUGACAACAUCUGUUACAGUGUUGCUGUGACAAGAUCCAGAGAUGUACCAUCGUUUGGACCACCAAUCCCAAAAGGUGUUACCUUUCCUAAAUCAAAUGUGUUCAGGGACUUCUUACUGGCCAAAGUGAUUAAUGCAGAGAAUGCUGCUCAUAAAUCCGAGAAGUUCCGUGCCAUGGCCACCAGGACUCGCCAAGAGUACUUGAAAGAUCUAGCAGAAAAGAAUGUCACCAAUACACCCAUUGACCCAUCUGGCAAGUUCCCCUUCAUUUCACUAGCCUCAAAAAAGAAGGAAAAGUCCAAACCUUAUCCAGGAGCAGAGAUCCAUAGUUCUGGUGCCAUUGUGUGGAGUGUCCAUGCAAAGGACUAUUGCAAGGGUAUGGAAAUAGACUGUCUCCUGGGUGUAUCUAAUGAGUUUGUAGUUCUCAUUGAGCAGGAUACAAAGAGUGUGGUGUUCAAUUGUUCCUGCAGAGAUGUGAUAGGGUGGACUUCAACCGACACAAGCAUCAAACUCUUCUAUGACCGGGGUGAAUGUGUUUCUGUGGAGAGCUUUAUCAACAACUCUGAUGAUAUCAAAGAGGUCGUAAAAAGGCUGGAGUUUGUGACAAAGGGCUGUGAGACCACUGAGAUGACUUUACGUAGGAAUGGACUGGGUCAGCUUGGUUUCCAUGUGAACUAUGAAGGCAUUGUGGCAGACGUUGAGCCCUACGGCUAUGCUUGGCAGGCAGGAUUACUGCAGGGCAGCCGGCUAGUGGAGAUCUGCAAAGUGGCUGUAGCCACUCUAAGCCAUGAGCAAAUGAUUGACCUGCUGAGAACAUCAGUAACCGUGAAGGUUGUCAUCAUUCCUCCCCAUGAGGACUGCACUCCACGCAGGAGUUGUUCAGAAACCUGUCGCAUGCCAGUGAUGGAAUACAAAGUGAAUGAAGGAGUUCCAUAUGAGUUCAAAUUCCCCUUCAGAAACAACAACAAAUGGCAACGAAAUGCAAACAAGGGGCAGGGGCCUCAUAUGUCACAGGUACCAUCCCAGAUACAAAGUCCAGUAACCUCUAGGAUUGGUUCAGGGAAAGGAGAAGGGAAAAUGCCACCCCAAGAGCGAGCAGCCAACAUUCCCCGCAGCAUCUCUAGUGAUGGACGUCCAUUGGAGAGCCGGCGGUUGUCUCCUGGUUCUGAUGUCUACGUCACAGUUUCAUCCAUUGCCUUAGCAAGAUCACAGCAGUGUCGUAACUCCCCCAGCAACCUGUUGUCCUCGAGUGAGACUGGCUCUGGUGGGGGAACCUACAGACAAAAAUCUAUGCCAGAAGGGUUCGGAAUGAGUCGUAGAUCCCCUGCCUCCAUUGACAGGCAGAACACGCAGACAGAUACUGGUGGCAGCGGCAAAUCCACACCAAGCUGGCAGAGGAGUGAGGAUAGCAUUGCUGACCAGAUGGAACCCACAUGCCAUCUCCCAGCUGUAUCAAAAGUACUGCCAUCCUUCAGAGACAGCCCCAGUGGAAGACUGAUGAGGCAGGAUCCUGUUGUUCACUUGUCUCCAAAUAAGCAGGGUCAUUCUGACAGCCACUACUCCAGCCACUCCAGUAGCAAUACUCUCUCCAGCAAUGCCUCCAGUGCCCAUAGUGAUGAGAAAUGGUAUGACAGUGGCGAUCGCACUGAGUCAGAGCUGAACAGCUACAACUACCUUCAAGGGACUUCAGCUGAUAGUGGCAUAGAUACCACCUCAUAUGGCCCCAGCCAUGGCAGCACAGCUUCUCUGGGAACCUCAGCAACGUCUCCUCGAUCAGGGCUUACAAAGGAGAAAGUGACACCACUGUGGCAUAGUUCCAGUGAAGUAGUCUCCAUCGCAGACAGGACUUUAGAAAAAGAAAGCCAUGUUGUAGACCGGAAGACGGAGUCUUCACUAAGCCUGGAUAUUCACACGAAGAGUCAACCAGCCUCCAAUCCUUUAACAAGAGAGAACAGUGCUUAUAGUCUUAGUGAUGCUGUUUCCCACACAAGUACCAUGAGCUCACGACACUCUGCCAGCCCAGUUGUUUUCACCAGUGCCAGAAGUUCACCUAAAGAAGAGAUUCAUUCUGCUACUUCCCCACAGCUCGCACCUUCUUUCUCCUCCUCCUCUUCCUCCUCCUCUGGUCCUAGGACUUUCUACCCUCGCCAGGGUGCUACUAGCAAGUACCUGAUUGGAUGGAAAAAACCUGGAGGGACAAUAAACUCUGUGGGGUUUAUGGAUACCAGAAAACGUCACCAGAGUGAUGGCAAUGAAAUGGCCCAUCCACGGUUGCGUGCAUCAGCCAGAGAUCUACGGGCAUCACCAAAACGAGCAUCCAAGUCCACUGUUGAGGAAGAGCUGAAGAAACUGAUAGAUCUUGACAGCCCAACGCCAGAGUCCCAGAAGAAUUUUAAGCAGCACUUCUUGUAUUUGAUAAUCGAGAGGUCCUGUUUCCUGUCUCCGUUCCCUAGCACUCCUACCACAAAGCGUGCCUUGCAGAGGACUCUGUCAGAUGAGAGUAUUUACAGUGGUCAAAGGGAACACUUCUUCACCUCACGGGCCUCGCUCUUGGACCAAGCCCUGCCAAAUGAUGUCCUGUUCAGCAGCACAUAUCCUUCUCUCCCCAAGUCACUACCCUUACGAAGGCCAUCAUACACUUUAGGAAUGAAGUCAUUACAUGGAGAGUUCUCUGCCUCAGACAGCUCCCUCACAGACAUCCAGGAUCAGAGAAAGCAGCCCAUGCCAGACCCGGGUCUUAUGCCCUUGCCCGAUUCUGCCUCCGAUCUGGACUGGUCAAACUUGGUAGAUGCUGCCAAAGCCUUUGAGGUUCAGCGAGCCUCAUUCUUUGCUGCUAGUGAUGAAAACAACAGACCUGUGAGUGCUGCUUCCAAUAGUGAUCAGACUGAGGACCAGCUUACUGCACAGAUGAAGCUUUACACAGGUAAAGAGUCUCCUCCUACUCUCGCUUCCAAAGUGGACCAACUGGAAAGUUUGCUGAAGAUGCUCCAAGAGGAUUUAAAGAGGGAAAAAGAAGACAAAGCCAAUCUUCAGGCAGAAGUGCAACAUUUGCGAGAAGACAACUUACGGUUACAGGAGGAGUCCCAGAGUGCAUCCGAGAAACUGAAGAAAUUCACUGAAUGGGUUUUCAACACGAUUGAUAUGAACUGA